AUGUAUUCUGUAGCUCUAAUUACUUGUCCGAAUUCCACAGUCGCGGAGACUAUUGCAGAUACUUUAGUUAAUAGAAAACUGGCAGCUUGUGUCAAUAUCAUACCCUCAAUUAAGUCUGUUUACGUUUGGGAAGGGAAGGUGGAAAAGUCAGAUGAACUUCUUCUAAUGGCGAAAACUCAAUCAAAGUUGGUUCCUUCUCUGACGGAGGUUGUCAAAGAAAUCCACCCUUAUGAAUGCCCGGAAAUCAUUAGCUUAAACAUUGAGGGGGGUUACCCACCAUACCUUAAAUGGAUUAUGGAUUCCACAUCUUAGUAGUAAAAUUGGCAUUGUACACCUAAAUAAUAAAUACUUUUCAUAUUCUAUUCCUUCUGUAAAGUUU